CUCCCGGCGGCUGGAGCGGCGGCGGCGGCGGCGGCGGCCGGAGCGCCCAGACCCCUGCCCACACCCCGGCGCGGGACGCGCACAGCCCCUCGGCGCGCAGCGAGGACUUCCGCGAGUCGCGGGCUCCCGGCGGGUGCAGAAAUAUACAAAGCUCCAUAAUUACCCCACAACCACAUAGAGCAAACAUGAAUGAUAUUUCCCAAAAGGCUGAGAUUCUGCUUUCUUCAACUAAACCUGUCCCAAAAACCUAUGUGCCAAAACUUGGCAAGUGUGAUGUAAAGGAUAAGUUUGAAGCCAUGCAGAAAGCCAGGGAAGAAAGAAAUCAAAGGAGAUCUAGAGACGAAAAGCAAAGAAGAAAAGAACAAUAUAUUAGAGAGAGAGAAUGGAACAGGAGGAAGCAGGAGAUUAAAGAAAUGCUUGCUUCUGAUGAUGAGGAAGACAUGUCUCCUAAAAUAGAAAAGGCUUAUGUUCCAAAACUAACAGGAACUGUUAAAGGUAGAUUUGCUGAAAUGGAGAAACAAAGACAAGAGGAACAGAGGAAGAGAACUGAGGAAGAACGAAAACGCAGAACUGAGCAGGACAUGUUAGAAAAGAGGAAGAUACAACGUGAAUUAGCAAAAAGGGCAGAGAAGAUUGAGGACAUAAACAAUACGGGAACUGAAUCAGCAUCAGAGGAAGGAGAUGAUUCACUACUUGUAACAGUGGUACCUAUCAAAUCACACAAAACGUCUGGAAAAAUACAAAAGAAUUUUGAGGACCUAGAAAAAGAACGAGAAGAAAAAGAAAGGGUCAAGUAUGAAGAAGAUAAAAGAAUAAGAUAUGAAGAACAACGACGAUCUCUCAAAGAAGCAAAGUGUCUUUCAUUGGUCAUGGAUGAUGAACUAGAAAGUGAGGCAAAAAAAGAAUCACUUUCUCCUGGAAAAUUGAAACUAACUUUUGAAGAACUGGAAAGACAAAGACAAGAAAACCGAAGGAAGCAAGCUGAAGAGGAAGCAAGACAACGUUUAGAAGAAGAGAAGCGUGCUUUUGUAGAAGCAAGGCGGCAAAUGGUAAAUGAAGAGGAUGAAAACCAAGACACAGAAAGCAUUUUUAAAGGGUAUCGCCCUGGUAAACUCAAACUCAGUUUUGAAGAAAUAGAAAGACGAAGGAGAGAAGAUGAAAAAAGAAAAGCAGAAGACGAAGCCAGGAGGAGAAUAGAGGAAGAAAAGAAGGCAUUUGCUGAAGCAAGGAGAAACAUGGUAGUAGAUGACGACUUCCCUGAGAUGUAUAAAACAAUCUCUCAAGAAUCUCUCACACCGGGAAAACUGGAAAUUAAUUUUGAAGAAUUAUUAAAACAAAAAAUGGAAGAAGAAAAACGACGAACAGAGGAGGAACGGAAGCAUAAGCUAGAGAUGGAAAAACAGGAGUUUGAACAACUGAGACAAGAAAUGGGAGAGGAAGAGGAAGAAAAUGAAACCUUUGAACUAAGCAGGGAAUAUGAAGAAUUAAUAAAAUUGAAAAGGAGUGGCUCUAUUCAAGCUAAAAAUCUAAAAAGCAAGUUUGAAAAAAUUGGACAACUGUCUGAAAAAGAAAUACAGAGAAAGAUAGAAGAAGAACGAGCAAGAAGAAGAGCGGUUGACCUUGAAAUUAAAGAGCGAGAAGCAGAAAACUUUCAUGAGGAAGAAGAUGUUGAUAUCAAGCCUGCAAAAAAAAGUGAGGCUCCCUUUACUCAUAAAGUGAAUAUGAAAGCUAGAUUUGAACAAAUGGCUAAGGCAAGAGAAGAGGAGGAACAAAGAAGAAUUGAAGAACAAAAGUUACUACGCAUGCAGUUUGAACAAAAGGAAAUUGAUGCAGCACUACAAAAGAAAAGAGAAGAGGAGGAGGAAGAAGAGAGUAGCAUCAUGAAUGGCUCCACUAUUGAAGAUGAAGAACAAACCAGAGCAGGAGCUCCAUGGUUCAAGAAGCCUCUAAAAAAUACAUCGGUUGUAGACAGUGAGCCAGUUAGAUUUACUGUUAAAGUAACAGGGGAACCCAAACCAGAUAUUACAUGGUGGUUUGAAGGAGAAAUAUUGCAGGAUGGAGAAGACUAUCAAUAUAUUGAAAGAGGAGAAACUUACUGCCUGUAUUUACCAGAAACUUUCCCAGAAGAUGAAGGAGAGUAUAUGUGUAAAGCGGUCAACAAUAAAGGCUCGGCAGCUAGUACCUGUAUUCUUACCAUUGAAAGUAAGAAUUAAUUACUUUUAAGUCUAUAACUUUUAUUCUAUUUAAAAAUUUAUCCCUUAAAAAAAAUAUUUUCUUCUUUUUUAGCAGAUGACUACUAGCUCCCCUUCCCUCUCCCUGGAACUGUCUCUCUCUCUCUCUCCCUCCAACUUUAUUACACCCAGCUUUUCUGUGGCGGGGCCAAAAAAGGGAAACCAGAAGAGCCACUAUAUUGACUUCUUACUCCUUUUCACAAAGUCUUCAAAACACAAGCUCAUCUAAAGAAUACCUUCUUCCUUUCCAAAUGAGCACCAGACUCAUCGCCAUAUUAUGCAGAAGUUAAUGUGUAUUUUAAUGAAAGGGGAAAUUUUACUCAACUAUUCUUCAGAACCUGUAACAGCUGUGUAUUUAAAGUUUACAGAAAUUGUUUUUAAAAAAUCAUAAGUAGACACAUUAUUUUGCAUGAAAGAAUGCCACAUAUGAGCUAUUUAUACCUAAUAUUAGUCUGAAAUAACUGAGACUUAAUGAAUUUGGAACCUGUU